GGCGGGGCGCGGGCCGGGGCGCGGCGCAUGCGCGGCGCGGGGCGCGCGGGGACAAUGGCGGCGGCGGCGCUGGCGGCGGGCGGAGGCCCCGGGAGCGGCCCCGCGGCGGCUCCGGCGGGCGGGCCCGGCCCCGCGCUGGCCGCGGCGCGCCGCAAGGACGGCGGCCCCGCCGGCAAGUUCUGGGAGAGCCCCGACACCGUGUCCCAGCUCGACUCGGUCCGCGUGUGGCUGGGGAAGCACUACAAGAAGUACGUUCAGGCAGAUGCUCCUACCAAUAAAACCUUGGCUGGGCUGGUGGUGCAGCUGCUGCAAUUCCAGGAAGAUGCCUUUGGAAAACACGUCACCAAUCCUGCCUUCACAAAGCUUCCUGCAAAGUGCUUCAUGGAUUUCAAAGCUGGAGGUACAUUAUGUCACAUUCUUGGUGCUGCUUACAAAUAUAAGAAUGAACAGGGCUGGAGGAGGUUUGACCUGCAGAAUCCCUCGCGGAUGGACCGCAACGUGGAGAUGUUCAUGACCAUUGAGAAGACACUGGUGCAGAACAACUGUCUGAGCAGACCAACCAUCUACCUCAUUCCUGACAUGGAGCUGAAGCUGGCCAACAAGCUGAAGGACAUUGUCAAGCGUCACCAGGGAACAGUCACUGAAGAGAAAUCCAAGGCCACCCACCACGUGUAUCCAAGUCCUACCUCAGUGGAUGAUGAUGAGUGGUUGAGACCUGUGAUGAAAAAGGACAAGCAGGUGCUGGUACAUUGGGGCUUUUUUCCAGACAGCUACGACACCUGGGUCCAUGCCAGCGAGAUCGAGGCGGAAAUCGAGGAUGCUCCCAUCCCUGAGAAACCCUGGAAGGUUCAUGCCAAGUGGAUUCUGGACACGGAUGUGUUCAAUGAGUGGAUGAAUGAGGAGGAUUAUGAGGUGGAUGAGAACAGGAAAUCCGUCAGCUUCCGCCAGAGGAUCUCCAUGAAGAAUGAGGAGCCCGUGAGGAGCCCCGAGAGGAGGGACAGGAAAGCAGCAGCCAGCACAAGGAAGAGGAAACACUCCCCUUCUCCACCCCCCACUCCUGUGGAGUCCAGGAAAAAGACAGGCAAGAAAGGGCAAGCAGCUCUCUAUGGCAAGAGGAGGGGGCAGAAGGAGGAGGAUGAGCAGGAGGAUCUCACCAAGGACAUGGAGGAUCCCACCCCAGUGCCCAACAUAGAGGAAGUGGUACUUCCCAAAAAUGUGAACCCAAAGAAGGACAGUGAGAACACGCCCGUCAAAGGAGGAACUGUGGCAGACCUGGAUGAGCAGGAUGAGGAGACAGUGGCGACUGGAGGAAAGGAGGACGAGGACCCCAACAAGGGUGACCAGAGCCGCUCCCUGGACACAGGAGAGGACAAUGUCACCGAGCAGACCAACCACAUCAUCAUCCCCAGCUACGCCUCCUGGUUCGACUACAACUGCAUCCACGUCAUUGAGCGUCGAGCGCUUCCAGAAUUCUUCAAUGGGAAAAACAAGUCCAAGACUCCAGAAAUAUACCUGGCCUACAGGAACUUCAUGAUCGACACGUACCGGCUGAACCCGCAGGAGUACCUGACCAGCACUGCCUGCAGGAGGAACCUCACCGGGGAUGUCUGUGCUGUCAUGAGGGUCCACGCCUUCCUGGAGCAGUGGGGGCUCAUCAAUUACCAGGUGGACCCCGAGAGCCGCCCCAUGGCCAUGGGGCCCCCCCCGACCCCCCACUUCAACGUGCUGGCCGACACCCCCUCGGGGCUGAUGCCGCUGCACAUCCGCACCCCGCAGGUUCCAGCUGCCCAGCAGAUGCUGAGCUUCCCUGAGAAAAACAAGGAGAAGCCAACUGACCUGCAGAACUUUGGCCUUCGCACUGACAUCUACUCCAAAAAGACUCUGGCCAAGAGCAAAGGUGCAAGUGCUGGCAGAGAAUGGACAGAGCAGGAGACACUGCUGCUGUUGGAGGCCCUGGAGAUGUACAAGGACGACUGGAACAAGGUGUCGGAGCACGUGGGCAGCCGCACGCAGGACGAGUGCAUCCUGCACUUCCUGCGCCUGCCCAUCGAGGAUCCCUACCUGGAGAACUCGGACGCCUCCCUGGGCCCCCUGGCCUACCAGCCCGUGCCCUUCAGCCAGUCUGGGAACCCCGUCAUGAGCACCGUGGCCUUCCUGGCCUCCGUGGUGGAUCCACGCGUGGCCUCGGCCGCUGCCAAGGCUGCCCUCGAGGAGUUCUCCCGGGUCAGAGAGGAGGUGCCCCUGGAGCUGGUGGAGGCCCAUGUGAAGAAGGUGCAGGAAGCAGCUCGAGCCUCUGGGAAGGUGGAUCCCACCUACGGGCUGGAGAGCAGCUGCAUUGCAGGCACGGGCCCCGAGGAGCCUGAGAAGAUGGAUGGAGCUGAGGAGGAGAAGAUGGAAACAGAGGCAGAGGGGCAGCCAGCAGAGAAGGUGGAGAGCAAAGCCGAGAGCGAGCCUGAGGAAGGGGAGAAGGUUCCAGAAGGGGAGAGCGAGCGCAGCGUGGACAAGGAGCCCGAGAGCGAGGGGCCUGCCGAGCCCAAGACAGAGGAAAAGGAGGCAGAGGAGAACAAGGAGAACGUUGAUGGCAGCAAGGACAAAGAGGCUGAGGCUGGCAAGAAGAAAGUGGAGCACGAGAUCUCGGAAGGAAACGUGGCCACAGCUGCAGCUGCUGCCCUGGCCUCUGCUGCCACCAAAGCCAAGCACCUGGCAGCUGUGGAGGAGAGGAAGAUCAAGUCCCUGGUGGCCCUGCUGGUGGAGACUCAGAUGAAGAAGCUGGAGAUAAAGCUUCGCCACUUUGAGGAGCUGGAAACCAUCAUGGACCGGGAGAAGGAGGCACUGGAGCAGCAGAGGCAGCAGCUGCUCACUGAGAGGCAGAACUUCCACAUGGAGCAGCUCAAGUACGCCGAGCUGAGGGCCCGCCAGCAAAUGGAGCAGCAGCACGGCCAGAACCCCCAGCAGCCCCACCAGCAGCACCCCAGCGGGCCUGGCAUCACCCCCCUGGGGGCACCAGCACACCCGGGGCUGCUGCCCCACCAGCAGCCCCCGCCCUACCCCAUGAUGCACCACCAGAUGCCACCUCCCCACCCACCUCAGCCAGGCCAGCUGCCCGGCUCCCUGCUGCCGGGCCAGCCCCUGCCGGGCCGCAUGAUCCCUGCCGGCAUCCACGGCGGCGGCGGGGCCGCCCCGCCCGGCAUGGCCCCGAUGGCCGGGAACCUGCUGGGGCCCCGAGUGCCGCUGGCCGCCCCCAACGGAAUGUACCCCGGCCCGGCGCCGCCGCCCCCCGCCGAAGGAGUGACGCCGCCCCCGGCCGGGGCCCCGCCGGCCUCAGCCGCCCCCUAAGGCAGCCCCAGGAGGAGAAGGAGCUUCCCGAGCAGCGGAGUGGUGACCAAAAGAGAAUUCCUCAGUUCCCUUCUGUCCCCGGGGCGGCGUCCCCUCCCCUCCCGGCCGCGGGCACAGCUGGCACGGUUGGUGGCACGGUUGGUGUCCCCUGCAGCCCCCAGGGCUCGGUGUCCCUAGGGAAAGCUGCAGGUAGGGGUGCCAGGAGCGCCUCCACCUUGCUGCUGGCCUUGCAGAGCUCCGCGCUGGUUUCCUUCCUCUUGGUGCUUUGGGCUCCUCCUGAAGGGCAGAACAAUCCAGGUUUUAGGGCAGGAGCUGAGCUUUAGGACGUGCCCAGAACCAUCCAGGUUUUAGGGCAGGAGCUGAGCUUUAGGACGUGCCCAGAACCAUCCAGGUUUUAGGGCAGGAGCUGAGCUUUAGGACGUGCCCAGAACAAUCCAGGUUUUAGGGCAGGAGCUGAGCUUUAGGGUGUGCCCACCCCGGGGGAUUGGGUGUUCUGGGGUCUCUGGGCAGAGCAAAGCACCCAGAGGAGAGGCCAAGCCAGAGCUUGGGGCGGAGCAGGGGAGGCACAGCCCAGCAGCCAAGCCUGCAGGGAUUCCUGGUGGCCGCAGCCUCUAACUUAUUACAGGAAAUAUUGAUCCGUGGCAGUGAGACCAGGAGUGAAUCAAUCAGAAUAAAACCACUCAAUGGUAGGAGUUCUCUUGCUCCAGUUUGUACCUUCCCUUUGCCUUUGGAGGUGGUAGUUGGACCUUCCCUGAGUAGUUUGGUGCAGUAGCCAACUGAGGAAUAACCCCCCCGUUUUUAGUCCCUCUUUUUGGAGCAUAUACUUUGUACUUUUUAAAAUGAAGAAAACAAACAAAACAAAAAAAAAAUUAAAGUAGGUAGCGAAGAAGUGCUAGAAUUUGGGAUUGGGUUGGGAUGGCUGGGAUGGGAAUGGCAGAACUACCUCUGGACGGCCAGGGCAGCAGCUGGGACAGCUCCUGUCACCCCAGGGCAGCUGCAGGGCGGGAGGGGAGCAGCUGCAGCACAUCUGGCACAUUGGGAGCCCUCCAGAGCUGCUGCUGCUCCUCCAGGCUGCCACAACUUGGGGAAAAGUCCUGCAAAAAGUCCUUUUCUGCCCGUGGUUUGGGUUCCCUGCCCUCUCCUGGCCCAGGAGCGUUUGGGGUUUCCCUGCUGAGGGUCUGGACGCUGCUCCUUGACCUCAGGGGUGGCUUUUGUCCAGGUUGGGCUGGACAGAGGCUCCCAAAACCUCUGGAACCUCCAGAGCUGCUUCCAGCAUUUAAAACUUCAGGCUUUGCCAGGUCUUCCAGCACAGGGGCCUUCCCAUUCCCCUUCCCAAGGCUUCCUUCCCCUCCAGGCUCUUUGGGGUGAGCGUGGGAUUUCUGGUGCAGCCCUUAGUCCAGUUUAGAGUAACCUCAGGUUGUUUUUAGCGUGAGCAGUUCCCAGGAUCCAGGUGGAGACUAUUUUUUACUGUCCUAGUGCUGAUCCUGCCGAGGACCUGGGUCCUGGACUCUGUUUUGUUUCUGUAUAAAUAAUCCCUGUGCCCACUUUUUCACCUGAUCUCUGUAUAGGGCCGGUUUGAUUCCUGCAGCAGCCACCCAAUUUUGUGAAAUAAAAGCAAAAAAAAGCGGUUUUUGUACAAA